GGGCGUCAACGCGUGUCUUACACUGAGCAUGGGAUUUAUUCAAACUGCAGAGUCCCCGGCGUAUCAAAACCCAACCUCUUUCGGUUAUGGAAGGCAGCCUGGCAGCUUGUAGAAGACGACAGAAGGCACCAAGAAGCAGAGAAGACUCGAUGUCGCCAAAGCCAACCAAAAAUCGAACACCCCCUUCCGACCCAAAUGGAAUGUUCGCAGGACUGGUAGUUUUUUUAGUUGAAAACGGAGUUCAGGCUCGCCGGUUACAGAUUUGGAAGCAGAAACUAGUGCAAAUGGGGGCUGCAAUAGAAGAGCGCCUAUCAAAAAGGGUCACUCAUGUAUUUGCUAUGAACUCGGAUGCCCUUCUCAAACAAGUGGACGCUGAACGCUUCGCACGAUUUAAGGGAAGUGUUCUCCUUUAUCAGUGGCUAGAGGACAGCUUGAGAUCAGGAGAAAAGGUCUCUGAGGAUUCAUACUAUCUAAAUCUGGAUCUAGAAGCAGACAACACACCAGACAAGUCUCUAGUUCCUAAAGAAACCAACAUAAACUCUUCUAGCUAUAAUGAACCAUCACAUAGCAAAAAGAUCAGGUCUUCCGCUGAAGAUUCAAAAAAUAUGGAUGAAGAAAGCAAGGAAGAAGGGAAAAGCAAUGGUCUAUAUGAGGCACCAAGUACUCCUAGAGAUUCUUAUGACUCAUUUCAGACUCUGAGCCCAUCAAAUACCAGUGGAAACACCCCUGAUGCUCUUAAUAAAGACGUUGGUGCAUUGCAGACAUCCUUGCCGUAUAGUCCUCCUGAUUUAAACAGGAACAUAACCGAGAUAUUUAAAAAGCUUAUUGACAUAUAUAGAGCGUUGGGUGAUGACCGGAGGUCAUUUAGCUACUACAAGGCUAUCCCAGUUAUAGAGAAGCUACCCUUCAUAAUUGAAAGUGCAGACCAGGUCAAAGACCUACCCUCAAUUGGAAAGUCAUUGCAAGAUCAUAUCCAGGAGAUAGUGACAACUGGAAAAUUAUCCAAGCUGGAGCACUUUGAAAAAGAUGAAAAGGUACGGACAAUCACCUUAUUUGGCGAAGUUUGGGGUAUCGGUCCAGCCACUGCACUUAAAUUAUAUGAAAAAGGAUAUCGUGCACUAGAUGAUCUGCAAAAUGAGGAAUCAUUGACGAAUUCACAAAGACUUGGGUUGAAAUAUUUUGAUGAUAUCAAGCAGAGGAUUCCGCGCCAUGAGGUUCAAGAGAUGGAGCUUCUUCUUCAGAAAGUUGGGGAGGAUGUUCUGCCUGGGGUGGUAAUCAUAUGUGGAGGAUCAUUUAGACGUGGAAAAGCUUCCUGUGGGGAUUUAGACAUUAUAAUUACACAUCCUGAUGGGAAGAGUCAUAGAGGUUUUCUAUCAAAAUAUGUCAAGCAUUUAAAGGAUAUGAAGUUCUUAAGAGAGGAUUUGGUUUUCAGUACACACAGCGAGGAGGGUACUGAUCAUGGUGUUGACACAUACUUCGGACUAUGCACAUAUCCUGGACGUGAGCUACGCCACCGAAUAGAUUUUAAGGUAUUCCCAAGAGACAUAUAUGCAUUUGGACUAAUCGCUUGGACAGGGAAUGAUGUCUUGAAUAGGAGGUUGAGAUUGGUGGCAGAAUCUAAAGGAUUCCGGCUUGAUGAUACAGGGCUGUUUCCAGCUACUCACAGUUCAGGCGGUAAACGGGGCACAAGAGCUAGUGCAAGUUUGAAAUUUGAGACAGAGAAAGAGGUGUUUGAUUUCCUGGGAUUUCCUUGGCUUGAACCACAUGAAAGAAAUCUGUGAGCCGUGAACAGAGUUUGCAUGAGCAUGCUGUAUAUAGGAGGGUCUACCGAACUUGGUUUACACUAUUAGACAAGGAAAACUAUCGCUUUCUUUGUAAUUUAUAAUAUCCACCAAGACUUGUAUAUUAGAAGUAAAGAGUAAUGCCAUUUGAUAGUUUGGUGUGCAAA